UCUACAAAAAUUGCAUUUUGUUUGUUCACGAUCGUAAUUUUAACUUAUUUCAGAAAUCAGAAUAUUCUUGAAAGUUCUUUUUGGGUGUGAAGUGUAAAGUUUAGACCAAGACAAGAUGGAUCUCCCAUUUGCUGAGGAACAACUGGCGCAGCUGAAAAUGUUUAUCCAGGUCUGCAAGAUGAAGCCGCAGAUCAUCCAACAUCCGAAGCUGUCAUUCUUUAAGGAAUACUUGCUGUCACUUGGCGUCAAUCUUCCCACCGCUACGUUCGAGCCGACCACCGAAAGUGGAGACAACAAAAAAGAGACAAACAAUGCGAGUGCUAACAACUCCGCGCCGGCUGAUGAUGAUGAGGAAUCUGAGCCAGAGUCAGAUAUUGAGCUCGAUAUGGAUGGUGUCAUAGAGAGUGACACAUACUGUGAUCAGGAGAUGGGUGAUGAGGACAAGGAAGUAACAGAUGAUGACCGUGAGAAGUCUGACGAGAAGAGAUCUGAGGCUAUGCGGGCUUUCUCCGAGCAACAGUUUGACGAUGCCAUUGCCUUCUAUACUGAAGCCAUCAAACUUAAUCCCCAGAGUGCUCUGCUGUUCGCUAAAAGAGGACAGGUGUUCCUGAAACAGAACAAGCUGCAUGCGUGCAUCAGGGACUGCACGCGCGCGCUCGAGCUGAACUGCGAUAGCGCUGCCGCAUACAAGUUCCGCGGGAGGGCUUACAGGCUGCUAGGCAAGUUCGAGGAGGCAUCCCACGACUUGUGCGAGUCGCUGAAGAUCGACUACGACGACCAGGCCAACGAGUGGCUGACGGAGGUCAAGCCCAACGCGGAAAAGCUUCGCCAGCACAGACUGCAGCAGCAGAGAAAGAAGGAGGAGAAGGAGCACCGCGACAAAGUCCGUCGCGCACGCGCCGCUCAGGAGGCGCGAGAGAAGGCAGCGCGGGAGCAGGCGGCGGGGGGCAUGCCGGGUGGUAUGCCGGGCGGUAUGCCAGGCGGGAUGCCAGGUGGAAUGCCAGGUAUGCCAGGUGGCAUGCCAGGGAUGCCAGGCGGUAUGGACCUGGGCGCGAUACUGUCGGACCCCGAAGUGCUCGCAGCCAUGGAGGAUCCUGAGGUGAUGGCGGCGUUCAUGGAUGUGUCGUCAAACCCAGCCAACCUGCUCAAGUACCAGAACAAGCCCAAGGUGCUCGCAGCUCUAGAGGUCUUCAAGAGGAAAUUCAGUUUCGCCGCCGGUGGAGCUCCGCCCCCCGCGGGCAACGCGCAGAAGCCACCCGCUGCCGACGAUGUAGGCCUAGACUAAACAUACACAUUACACAUCCGGUGUUUGGCUAUUGAGACUGUACUUAGCACGGUUAUUGCACAUGUUAUAGACCUAUUUUGCAGCACGAUGUCUGGUCUCUUGUAUUGAACAAGAGUCUUAUAUUAUUAAAAUGAAUAUUUUUUAUGUUCUAACAAGUAAUUUUAAUUUUAAGAACGACAUAUACAGACAUGUACAGACCUAGUGAAACUUUAGAACGGCUUAAAAUCUGAAGAGAAAUGUUUUCUUGUGAUGCUAUCGUCGUAAUUACUUUAAUUUUGACUCUCAUUGCGCCUAAAGACGUUUUAAAAUGCUAAAGCUUAAUUUCGAAGCUAAAACCAAUGAGGGCUGUAACAUGUUCAAUAAACGUCGAAAAUAUAUUUAGCAUUAUAAUAUCAGAGCAAAGAACAGUAUUUAGGGCGAGGGUUCACUUGAUAUCAUACAAAUUAUAAUUUUUUUAUUGCAACACAAAUUAUAUUUUGUUUCAAGCGCAUCAUUUGUAUAACAAGUCUAUUUCUGACUUUCUGAAACUGUCCAAAAGACAUUCAUGUGUCGAGUGAGCUAUAGCCCUUACAGAACUUGCUUUCCAUCUUUAAAUGUUGAUACUUAAGAAUGAAAUAAAACUUUAAAAGCAAUAUAUAAGUAUAAAAAAUAUAUAUAUUGCCUUAAAUGUCCACGCUUGGAGGUAACUUACUUAAUACUUUAACUUCUGCGUUACAUUUAUAAAUAAAGAAUUUUUGUUUAUUUUUACACAUUUUGUUAUUUCUUAAUGCAGUCAAUUUAAAAACAUUCUGGUAGCUUUAGAUUGUGCUCAACUAUCACUAAAAUGUCUAGGCUCUAGUCAAAAAUAUAAAUUGCACAUAAAAAUUGAUACUGAAACCGAGUUCUAUUGCUGCCGUGCCGUGCCGUGCCGCAUCUCAAGGUUUUUAUAUCCUUCGUAUUUAUUCAUUUUGAUCGAAUCUUUAGCGGGCUGUGGAGCAACACUCGCGGCGCGAAUUGCGACCGCGAUUUACGGGCGCUACGCGCCAUGAACACGACGCGGAUAAAUACGGCCCUUUACACUCGCAAUCUUUGCAUUUACAUUCGCGCAUUUGAGUAAAAUGGACGUUGAAGUCAUUGUUGCUGCACUCUGACAUAGUGUGCUUAUCAAAAUGUCGCAGGCCAAAAAACCGACACCGGACGGGGAAAGCCGCGAAGCGCGAACGCGAAGC